UAAUUGAGUUAUUCGUGUUUAACAGAAAAGGGUGCGGUGCAGUUUGCAGAAAUCUGUCGUCUGCCAUAACGUUACUGUCGUAAACACUGACUGUCGUGAACACUGGCCGCCCACUGAAGAUGGCGGCGGAGCUGCAUCCGCGGAGCGGAAAGCUGAUCGGCCUGUCCAACUCGAACCGAACCGCCCGGCGCAACCAGCCAGUCCAGGAGUUCAACCACGGCCUGGUGCUCAGUAAAGAGCCGCUGAGGGACAGGGAUGUCUUCACCGUUCGCAUCGACAAGAAGGUGAACUCGUGGAGCGGUUCCAUAGAGAUUGGCGUGACGGCAUUGGACCCCGCGGCACUGGACUUCCCCAGCAGUGCCACGGGCCUCAAGGGCGGCUCCUGGAUCGUGUCGGGCUGCUCGGUGCUACGGGACGGCCGCUCGGUCCUGGAGGAGUACGGCCGGGACCUCGACCAGCUAGCCGAGGGCGACCGGGUGGGCAUCCAGCGCAGCUCCCGCGGCGAGCUCCACCUCUGGGUGAAUGGACAGGACUGCGGCGCGGCGGCGAGCGGGUUGCCGCCGAAGCUGUGGGCGGUGGUGGACCUGUACGGCAAGUGCACCCAAGUGACAGUGGUGGGCUGUGAGCCGCCGCCGCCCUCUGCGGAGAAAGAGACAAUAGAAAGGGACGAGGAGGUGGAGGAUGAGGAGGAGGAGGAGGAGGAGGAAGAGGUGGUGGUGUGCGGCGUGCGGGAGGAUACAGGGAUCACGGCACUGAUGAAUGUGGCAGCAAUGAAUGGAAUGAUGAACGGCGAUGAAGUGCCUGAGCUUAGCUGCAGUCACAGCAGACCAGACAAGUUCCCCAACAACCUGGAACCAGACACGGUUCUAACAGAGCACCAGCUCUUUGACGUGUUCAACAAUGCAAUAGUUUCUUUUUAUCGCUCUGAAGAUGAGGGUGGAGGGGAGGAUGGAGGAGGAGGAGGAGGAGGCGGCGGCGGCAGCGGAGGAGGAAACGCGGGUACCGAGUCUUCUUCCAGGAAUGACAGGGGGAGCAAUAGCAGCGGAGGAGGCGCGGUCAACAGCGACAGCGGGACAGGGACAACGGGGGGAGGAGGAGGAGGAGGAGGAGGUAGUAGUGGCGGAGAAGGUGAAAAUACAAACAGCAGUCCUGCUGGUAACGGCGGCGUCGGGCAGGGGGUUGUGACAGGCGGGAUGACGACAAACGACGCGUUGCUCUUUCACGAGAAGUGUGGCACGCUAAUCAAACUGAGCAACAACAACAAGACGGCCGAGCGGAGGAGACCGCUGGACGAGUUCAAUAACGGCGUGGUGAUGACCAACCGGCCACUGCGACACAACGAGAUGUUCGAGAUUCGUAUUGAUAAGCUAGUGGACAAGUGGUCAGGAUCCAUAGAGAUCGGAGUGACCACACACAAUCCAAACAACCUGGACUAUCCUGCAACUAUGACCAAUCUGCGCUCAGGUACAAUCAUGAUGAGUGGCUGUGGGAUACUGACGAACGGGAAAGGAACCCGCAGAGAAUACUGUGAAUUCAGCCUCGAUGAACUUCAGGAGGGCGAUCACAUUGGGUUAAUGCGCAAAGCCAGCGGGGCGCUCCAUUUCUACAUCAAUGGAAUCGACCAAGGUGUUGCUGCAGCCCAGACCCCUGCCGUGGUGUACGGCGUGGUCGACCUCUACGGCAUGGCCGUCAAAGUCACCAUAGUCCACAACCACAACCACAGUGACCGCCUCAGACGCAACAACGCCAUCAUGAGGGCUCUAUCCCCCGACGUAGGCCGACCCAGGCCGUCCCUCUCCCUCACACCAGACCCGGAGGGGCCCGACCGGCUACUCUUCCACCACAACUGUGGUCAGAAGGCCGCCAUAAUCAGUGAUGGCAGGACGGCCCUGCGGCCACACGCCACCGAUGACUUCAACCAUGGCGUCGUCCUGAGCAGCCGACCGCUGCGCUCCAACGAGGUGUUCCAGGUUCGCAUUGACAAGAUGGUGGACAAGUGGGCGGGUUCCAUCGAAAUCGGCGUCACAACGCACAACCCUGCAUACCUGCAGCUGCCCUCCACCAUGACCAACCUGCGCUCUGGGACUUGGAUGAUGACGGGGAAUGGUGUCAUGCACAAUGGAACUACAAUACUGGACGAGUACGGACACAACCUGGACCGGCUCAAAGCGGGCGACACUGUAGGCGUAGUUCGGAAAGAAGAUGGCAGCCUCCACUUCUUUGUGAACGGUGUGGCUCAGGGCCCCGCUGCCUGGAAUGUUCCUCCCAGCGUGUACGCCGUGGUCGAUCUUUAUGGCCAGGCUGCUCAGGCCACCAUCAUGGAUGACAUGGUCGACCUCCCUCCUCUCCCCGAGGACAGCUCAGACGGACCCACAGCCAUGUCCCCCGGUAGUCCCUGCUCGGUGGGCGGGGCCAGCACAACCAACGACCUGCGUUUCCACCAGCUGCACGGCACCAACGCCGUCAUUACCAACGGGGGGCGCACCGCCCUGCGUCAGAACUGCCGCAGCGAGUUCAACGACGCGAUCGUCAUUUCCAACAGGUUCCUUCGAGACGGAGAGCUGUUUGAAAUCAUCAUCCAGAAGAUGGUGGACCGCUGGUCGGGUUCAAUAGAAGCAGGAGUGACAGCAAUCAGGCCAGAGGAGCUCGAGUUUCCCAACACUAUGACCGACAUCGACUACGACACGUGGAUGCUCAGUGGAACAGCCAUCAUGCAGGAUGGCAACACAAUGCGCAACAACUACGGUUGUGACCUGGACUCCUUAACCACCGCUUCACGGAUCGGCAUGAUGCGCUCGGCCACUGGCGACCUCCACUAUUACAUCAAUGGCAUAGACCAAGGCGUUGCCUGCACCGGUCUGCCACCAGAGGUGUUUGCUGUGAUAGACUUGUACGGUCAGUGUGUUCAGGUGUCUAUCACCAGCUCCUCAGGCCCGCUGGACAACAGUCUCUGUACCAGCAACGUCACUGAGAAGAGCUUCCCCAUCCAUUCUCCAGGUACACACCAGGGUCCCCGCUCAGUAGCAGGUGUUGCCCAUCGCCUCCACAGUAAACACGGUAAGAACGUGAUCCUGCUCGGGGAGGGCUGCCAGGCGGUCAGAGUCGGAGGUUACGCUCACGGCAUCGUGUUCAGCGCGAGGGAACUCAAAGCAGACGAACUAUUCGAGUUGAGGAUCGAUGAGGUGGAUGAGCAGUGGUGUGGUUCGCUGCACAUCGGUCUGACCACGCUGUCCCCCCCAGAGCUGCCGUCCUGCCCACUGUCGGGUCUCUCCCCCUCCCUCCCGCAGCUUCGCACCAAGGUCACCUGGCUGCUCUGCGGCUCAGAAGUCCGUCGCAACGGUGUGCUGCAGCGGCAGAACUACUGCUGCUCACUGGACCGGCUGACGGUUGGGAACCGUGUGGGGGUGAAGAGAUGCAGUGACGACACGAUGCACAUCUUCAUUGAUGGAGAAGACAUGGGCCCUGCAGCCACUGCAGUAUCCAAGAACGUCUUUGCAGUUUUGGACCUAUAUGGGCGGAUAACAGCAGUGUCCAUAGUGAGCUCGUCUUUAAUGGAGGACAUGGACAGCGUCAAGGCCCCCUCGCUCUCCUCGGACAGCUGCAGCGAAGGAGAGGAGGACAGCACCCCCGUCAGAGAGGUAGGAACCCAAAACCAGGAGGGCGCCUCGACUUUAGAGAGUCCGGGUCUCAAACUCUUCGUGUCACCACCACUCCAGGUUGAGACUGAGCCGUGUGCGCUUGUACCGACUGUCAUGGCGUUCCUGGAAAACCACGGCAAAAACAUCCAACUGUCCAACCAGAACCUGACAGCAGCCAGAGUGUCAAGCUACAACCAGGGCCUGCUGGUCACCGCCCAUCCCCUAGCUCGCCAGCAGCUUUUCCAGUUUCAGAUCGACCGUCUGAACUUGUCAUGGACGUCGUCGCUGUCGUUAGGAGUGAUAGGCCACUCACCCGACCGCCUCAACUUCCCCUCCACAGCGUGUUGUCUGAAACGCUCCGCCUGGCUGCUGCAGAGAGACUCGGUCUUCCACAACUCUCUAAAGAUAUGUGAGAACUACGGUCCUAAUCUGGACACUUGUCCUGAAGGGACGUUGUUGGGUCUGCUGGUGGAUGCCAACAGCUGUCUUCACCUUUACGUCAAUGGCAUGGACCAGGGUGUGGCAGCGCAGGACAUCCCUUCACCCUGCUACCCCUUCAUAGAUCUCUACGGCCAGUGUGAACAGGUUACUAUAGUUACGAACAAUGUGCCAGCUGUGGGGGGAGAAAUUGGUGAACCACGAUGUCAGGGCGACAUGGAGAAGGCGGACAUGGUUGACGGAAUCAAAGAGAGUGUGUGCUGGACGCCCCCUCCAGAGGUCAACCCCAACAAGACCUGUGAGUACCAGGCUCUGUGCUCGCGCUUCAAGGACCUGCUCACGCUACCAGAUGGAUAUUUUGACGAAGAUGCUAAGUACAACCUGUGCUACUGUGAGUCCUGCCACAAGCUCCGGGGUGACGAGGCUUAUUAUAAGAGAGGAGAGCCACCCCGGGACUACGCCUUGCCCUUUGGCUGGUGCCGCUUCGCCCUCAGGAUCAAGCCCCACUGUGAGGUUGCCAAUGCACUGAAGAAAUGGCAUAUAGCUUACCACGGCACCAGUGUAGGAGCCCUGCGACGCACGCUCGACCACAGCCAGCUGCUGGCCGGAACGUCGUCCAUCUUCUCAGUGUCCCCAGCCAAAGCGGAGGGACCCAAUGGCUACAGUGAGCCUGAAGAGAACAGCGCCCCUGGCAGGGAGGUUCCUAGAGUGCGGCUCUCCCCCACCAUGCGCUACUCCGGCAUGGAGAUCUUUGCCCCUAAAGUGCAAUUUCAGGACCCCCGUUCUCACCGCUGCCAUCAGGCCCAGGUAGGAUUCCAGGUGUGCGUGCGCCCCGGCUCCUACAAGGUGGGGCCCCAGACGCUUGGCAACAGCGAGCCUCUGGAUCCUCGCUUCAGCAACUCAGAGAUCGAGUGGAUCACAAAGGAGGAGGGCGGCACGCUCCUCUACGGGCUGCUCAUCCGGGUCGAGUGAACAGGGCGGUGAGGGAGAGGCAUUCGGGUGGAAGUGAGGAGGAGCCGUGUAGGUACUCCUUGUACUUUUAAUAAAACUGACAACCAAAUCCAACCCCUGCCUUGAGCUAGAGACUCCUUUUGGAAUACAGCUGUUCCUGCUGUGGAUUGUUGACAAUUCAGCAUUAUCGAUUUGUUUUGUUUAUUUUCGGUUGUUUGCUCUUGGACUAUUUUAGAGGCCGGGGGAUACGGCGGUUUCAAAGAAGAACAGACACUGCCUGCACUUUAUGUUUUGGACAUUCGUGGGCGAUUUUUAAACUUACUUCACAUCGACAUGAUGUGUGAGACAUUCGCUACAUUUCGUAUUUUUUUUUUUUUUUUUUGACUUUCAAUUUUUUUUUUUUUUUUUCCGUUGUUUUUGGUUCUCAUUCUUCCCAAGGUUUUUUUUUUUUUUCUCACCCUCACAGGCUUUCUUAUCUUGCCCCCUAAUCUUGUGGCGCUUACUUCGACACUUCUCACCUUUUCUCUGGUCAGUGUUAAAUUUUGGGAGGAGCUGUCCCCUGCCAACCUGCACGUCAAACAUUCGUCACCCAAAAAAAAAAAAAGACUGAAACGUGGAUCAAAAAAAAAGAAAGAGUGACAAUGUUUUCAGAAAUAUUUAAAUAGAAACAGAAAGACAUUUGAAUCUGAGAAUGAACCCAAGAGUGUCUUUGUGAUUGUGACUUCUUCAGGAGGGGAAUAUUUUAAAACUGGAGGAAGAAAAAAAAUGUUUACACAUAUGUACCGCUGUAUGUUGCUGUCCUCUAUGUGUCUCCACGCUAGCAGUCUCGCUACUUUCCCAGUCCAGUUUGUGUUUCUGUUUUUUGGCCCAGCAUCAUUUUUGUCUCGUCCUGUCAAAUGGAAAUGAUUCACAGACUUUACACUGUGGAGUAAAACUGGAAGAAUUAACAGAAAGGUUGACUGCUGAAGACAUCCUUUAAGCUAAAACUUUGUUGGGAGAUAAUGAAUGACGUAUUAUGUACCAGCCGGUUUUGAUACGAAAAGGGAAAAAGGAGAAGUGCUAAAAUGUGUGAUAUGCUAAUUAGCUUCCAGUCGAGGGCUAGCUAGACCAGAAUAUCGAUGCCAUUAAUGUAUAGUAAAUAUGACGCUACAGCUAGAAGCAGCAUGCUAACUAAGCUUAGCACACAGACGGAGGGAAAAAAGGAGAAACAGGCAGCAGGACUCUAUAAUAGGUAACGAAGUCCUCCAUCACAAACUCUGUAAACUCAGAGUAACACGCUGUAUAAAAAAAAACGUCAUUUUGCCGUUUAAAAUGAGGUCAUGAUCGGUUACAGAUGGAUAUAUUAUUGCAGUUGCCUGGUAACAAAGCAAGUCUCGUUAAAGGAAGUAAUCUCCUGUUUUAUAAAAGAUAUAUUAUUAUUAAUUAUAUUAUAUUGCCCUUUAGUGCGGAGACCCUGAAGUCCCAAAAAGUAAAAAAAAAAAAAAAAACUUGUACGCACAAGUUACGGUAACAUCUUCGACUUCAUGGGCUGCGUACUUUAGAGCUGGUGUUCGGCUGGGAUUGUUAACCCCUUUGUAGCCUAUGGUUACCCCUAAACUAUCAGUCUCAUUUGCUUGGUUGCUAAAAAGUUUUAUUCUGGAUAAGAAUUAACUGGAUUGGGAAAUUCACUGUUUUGCUAUCCAGUAUACGUUUGUCCAAAGAAA